AUGGAGCUCGCCAGCCACCGGCUCUCAUAUGCAACAUGGCGCCUUCGAGCCUUCCACCAGCUUCUUACAUCCGAGUCGCAACCGCGACCAUUCCGCCGUUCAAUUUCAACCUCCGCGCCGCGCAGCAAAGAGCACGAUGAAGCUCCGUCGCAGACUCCGCAGAGCUCCAACUCGUCCGAAGAUUAUAUCCCUCCUUCCCAGCGCCUGCCACAAUCGCCUGUCAUCACACACCCUCGCUCCGGAAUAACAAAAGUACGCAAACGACGUCCACAACCCAAAGACCUCUCCGAUCUGUCCAAGAAUCCAUGGGCCGUCGCGCUCGCGUCGCCGAUACGCAUGUGCUCGGCAACAGGGCUUCGAGUCCCCCGCGCCCUCAUGGGUGAAUACGGCCUUGUGCGACGACCAGAUUCGGAGCUGAGUUAUAUGUUACCGGUGGAUUUGUUGAAGGACACGCUUCGAAAACAGCCGGCUGUGCCGGAGACGUCGACAGCACCCGAUACUGAUGCUAUGCACGAUGGGAAAUCAAAUACGAAAAAAGGUAAAAGGGGAAAUAUAUCACACCAGGUACCUCGCGACGAGAAGUUAUCGAAGCUGCUCACUAUCCGGAUGAUCAAUCUUCUCCCCCUCCUUCAAGCACUGUCGUCUCAUUUGGCAGCGAGAGUUGGAAAGAGACUCGGCGUCAGCAAAAUCAUUCCAUAUCGCUGGAAGUAUCCGCUCGGGCCUCUCACCUCCAAUGACAUCAAGGAAAUAAUGUGGAUGCAAGAUAUGCCUGAAUAUCUACUGCGACGGAUGAGACAGGAUGUCAUUAAGAAACUUGUGGGAAUCAGUGAGUUCUAUGAGCUUGACGCGAAUGAUGUCUGGAGAACCCUGGACUUGAAUGAAUAUUCAGGCCUUGCGAUCGAAACUGCGCUCGGGAAGUUGGAACCGGUGGCGCGUGAAGCAUAUGGUGGUGUGUUGCUACUUGGUCCGCCGAAAGCGAGGACCACACGUAAGAGUUCUUUCUUGGAGGAUGUUGUUCAUCCUCGAACUCAAACUAAGCUUCCGGUGUUCGAUUUAUCGGCUUUUCUUACUGCAGAAGGGAUGGAGGAGCUGCGCGUGACCCACGCUCCGCAUUUCCAGGCCAGUGCUCUAUUUCUGAGGCCAGAUUGCGGUGCGAGUGUGGACUUGAUGAUUUCCCUGUGGAAGAUAAAACGCUAUCUAGCAGAUAUGGCGUAA